UCGAAGCUCUAAGCCAAGGACAGUCGAUCUACUACCUCUCAAUUAUGAUUCAGCAAAUGUUUGAUCUUUUCGCUGUAAAGGGCAGAUUUGGCUUACCAUUUGGCAAGUUUAUGUUCUCAAAUCCGCGCAAUUUCAUCGGUAUUUUCCUCGGCGGAUGUUUGGCAAUGUCCGUCGUCUAUAUUCCUCCUGUAAACACGGCAUUAGGGUCGAGUUACAGACUAAGUCCAUUAUACUGGCUAGUACCUAUUAGCGGAGGUGUCACUAUGCUGUUGUACGUUUCUGCUCGUAUCUUAAUCCUCCGCCGACGUCAUAGGUCUCUGAUUAGCGGGGAAAUAACUGAUCUUCAAAUGAUGCCUACUAUAUAUUCCGAAUUUGAAAAGAAGGUUUAA